GUCGAAAACUGGGAACUCAAUCAAGGCACCAAAAGCUGAUAAGGCACCGAAAGCCGUCAUCUCCUACUUUUAGCCUAGGGCCCCAAGCAGAGUCGCUUCUAUUAAGUACCACCCUGAGAAGGCUUCCUUUGCCAACCGAGGUGGUGCUUCUGUCCUGUGGUGAUCUGCGGGACUAUCUGACCAUCAAAGUCCUGCAACCGACCACGAUACCACCCUGCUUCUUUGCUAACAUAAAAGCUAAGCCCUGCAGGAUCGAACUCAUGCAGCUCCUUCCAACAAAAGAUGCAUGGGACUGAGCAUCCUGGGGUUCCGUCUGCCUUGAUUCGCCAGAUAGUCAGAUUGGACAGUCGGCAGCGGAUCCAAGCACGGCGCCGACUCCAAGCUACGCCUUUCCUAUCAGCAGACCUAUGGAGUUGCUCAUUGAGGUUUCGUUCCGCACAACAUUCAAAGGUGUUGGACGCUGCACUCGCUUUGUUCUUCGCCGUGUUUCCCUUUAACUCGUUGUUUAAACUGUUUAGAGGUCAGAGCGCUGGAGGCGAUGGGAGACGCGGCCAUCUGCUGGGGCUUAGAGUGCGUGAUUGCAAAGACCGUUUUGGACAUGGUGGUGGACCUGCAACUGCGAAAUGCAACCUGCUGAAUGAGCGCCAAAAAGUAGGACGCCUGGAACUUGCUAGACAGUGGCAGCAGUACUAGGAUGGUGGCGAGGAGAGACUGUGAGUGGAGCAACAAGUUGACGAACGGUCGUCAAGAAUCAGACGGAAGUCUGUGCACGUAAGACCUGAUCUUUGGACUUCAAGGCGACACUGUGGCGCAGCUGGUCAUGAGAAAUUCGGAGGGGCGCAUCAGAUUUGGAAAGUUGAAAGAGCUGGAGAUGCCAGUCCAGUUCUGCAAGUUCAACGCAAGAGAGAGCUGAGGCAGCCGGCGCUGGUCAUCUGGAGAUGCUAGAAUGGCGCAAUUGGGUGCUUUCUCAAGAAAAGGUGGUGCGUCUCCGCAGUCACCGCUGGAAAGCAAUGCUGCAUUUGAUGCAUCUGAUGAGGAGGAUGGACAGGUGGCAUCUUCAACCCACCUUCUUUCCUACUCUGAUGAAAAUGCUCACCUGCUGGAUGCCCCACCUGGAACGUCAAGCAUGGCUACCUCAGCAGCCUGGAGUAGUGGGGCACAUGUGACAUUGCCCCAGCUAGAGGAUGACCAGUACUCUCCAAGUUGGUUCGUGGGGGGGCAUUCACAAGAGCAGACGCUGAGCCAGCUUCUCUCACGACCCCCAGGGCGCUUUGCAUUCCUCUGUGAUCCUGUUGAGGACAGCGCCGAGGCCCCCCUUCGAGCCUCCUCCCUCUUCGGUGCACUGCAUCAUGCGCUUGCCUUCGACAGCGGGGGCCAUGCAACACAUGGGCUCCAGUCCCUCACCCUGUCCAUCCCCACUUUUGAAGAGCUUCCCCCAGAGGACCUGCUUGACUUGGCCGCCAAGACAAAUGGGGGAACUACUCCUUUCAAAGGUCGUCCUAUAGAGCAGGAAGACAGGGACGUAGAUUCGACGAACGAACCUGAGUUUGAGAGACACCGAGCAGCCCCCAAGGCGCAAGCAGACAACUUUGAGGCUAAGGAAAAGGGGGUUAGGGAACUGCAGGCAAGCGCACUCACGGCGGCUGAAUCAGGUAAGUCGUUGGCGCGGUGGUUGGAGGCAGCGGAGCAGCCCCCGGCAGGCCCCCUCCUUCGCACUUGGGAGUUUGCGGGAAGUGGGCCAGAUGCUGGAGGUCUGGCAACUAGGGUGGGACCGGGAGAGUGCCUGCAAAACGGCGCGUUUCUAUCAGAAGCAGGGGUCGCAACUUUCGACCGUGCAUAUAGACGGUAUGCGAGCAAGGCAUUCCAGCAAGCCCCCAUCAUUGUCCAGGAAAGGGACCUGGUCCGCGACGCUCUAUACGCGCUGCAGGGGGUUCCUUCCUCGUUGAUACGCCUGGAGUCGCAAGCCCGACCCCCACAAAAGCGAGGCCCAACCCCUCCCAGUGUCCGCCUCCUCUCAACCAGCUCCGCGAGCAUCUCAGCCCUCCUCAAGCCCCUCAUUGAGGCGGGACGGGUGCGGCAGCAGCUGGACCGCUUCGCACGCGGCAAAACGGGGCCUGAGAUUUCUAGUCGGAGCGCAGACUGGGACGAGGGGUCCAGGAGGGGCCUCGUGAUGCAGGCGUUUGGCGGCGCACUGCAGACCGUCUUGUUGUGCCAGACAGCGGCACUUGAUCGGAUCGGGCGCUCCGUGAAGGAGCGCAGGGGGGGAGGAAAGUUGGGGGCGUCAAACGGAGGUGCAAAGCGUACGCGGGGAAGGAAAGAGGCGGGUGAUGAACAGAGGUUCUUUACGAAGCAGAGUGCGGGGGAUGAGACGACAGCGGAAGAUAGUAUCAGCAGUGCAGGUGUUGACGCACCGGACGGACCCAAAGGGGGCACGAGAAGAAGGCGCCUCGAAUCGUUCUUUGCGGCAGCCAAUGGGAACCGAAGUGAUCAGGACAGAGAAGGGGUGCAAAUCGACCCUUCUUCCUCAGCAGUCCGCAGCACCGAGCUAGUCCUCUCGGGAGCAGAAGUUGGACCGUGGGUGAAAGACAGCGACGCCACAAUGCUUUCUGAGGCCGAGCAAUCGCUUUCGAAGCAGUCGAACGGACAUCUGGUCAGCAAUGCGAGGCCGUCAGAUGGAGUUCCGGACGCUUCGGAGCAUUUGUCGGAUGGCGACCACGGGCUUUCGGGCGGCGAUCGGACGCUGACUACCGGCAGCGUGGGCGACAUAACGCUUCUGGAGUUGCUGCUGCAUUCAACAGAGCUGCGUACGCAGCUGCACGUCCUGGCGCGGUUGUGUAAACGGCUGGGGAUGUGGGACGGUUCCGGCGCUGGCGGGCCGGGCGUUGGUGGGGCGGAACUGCUGUCGAGGCUGUUCGACGAAGUUUUGAACGCGGACCCCGUCUCUGCGGACGUCCACCGCUUCCUCCUGUCCGCAGCCUGCCAGCCCUACUUGGAGCUCGUCCGCGGCUGGCUCUACCAGCUACAAGUGGACGAUCCGUACCGCGAAUUCGUCUUGGCGCAGUCCGAUGAGGUCGACCCCUUGACGGGCACGCAGGUAGUCAAAACCGCGAGCCCGCCGUCGUUCCUCGCCGCCGUGUGGCAGCCCCUCAUCCGUGCGGGCCAACAGCUGCGAGUCCUCUUGGAUCUGCCACAAACCCGGGAGCUCGCCGAAACCAUCCUCAGCUGCCCAGAAAGGCACCCUCUCCAAACCCUAAACCUCUCCAGCGCGGACCAAAAGCCGCGGCUCGGAGCCGCCUCUCUGCAGCGUCUGUUGGAUGCGAAACCCGCAGAAGAAGAGACAGAAAGCGCGAGUCCGGGGCUUGUGUUCAGCGCAUCACGGCUGCGGGCAAUCGCGGCGGAAGCGCGGGAGAGCGCACGGAAGAGAGAAACCGAGGCGGGGUGGACUUUGACCAUGCUCGCAAUGCAGGAGCGGCGCAGGAAAGAGGGGAAAAUCGAUGCGAUUGAGCAGCACCGGUUGGAUCUGGCCAAAGCAUACGACGAGCAACGGCGGGCGUCGGUGCUCGAGACGGAAAAGGAGGCGCGGAGGAAAGAAGCUUUGUUCAGAGAGCAGCGGGAGGAACUAGAGCGGCGGGCGGAAGCGAAGCGGCGCGCAAAGGCCGCAAGGAUCGAGCGGGAGCGGGCGAUGGUGCGGGAGGAGAAGGAACUAGAGGCGGCAGAGAUCGCGAGGGUGAGGGCGGCAAUGGUCGCGGAGGCUGAGGGGCAGCUGGAGGAACUGGACCGUCGGAUCCAGGCCGUGAAGGAUCGGACGGCUGUGGAGGAGUCGCAGAAAGUAGAUGAUGGCACGACAACUCUGGAGGGCAGACAGGCGGCUUUAGUCGAAGAGGAGUCGGUCAAGGCAGGCGAUGAGGGGGCGCAAGUUGAAGCGCCAAGAGCGGAAAGGCCGAAGAUAGACGCUGCCCUGACGGGUGACACAGCAACGGAAGAAGACCGGAAGGAGGUGCAGUCGGCGGACUCUUCCGGGAAACUUUCGAAGGCAGACAGCAGCUCGGACGUAAAGCGCGGGCCCGAGCAGAUGUCGGACGAGAGCGCAGCCGGGGGUGACGAACCGGAAGAAGAAACGGCAAGCGGGAAAGGCGAGGACGAUCGGAUCAACCUCGAGGAGUGGCAUCGGUUGGCGCAUCUCGAGACGAGCGAGUCCGGGUUGUUUGGAAGCGAGGCGGGCGAAUCUUCGGGAGACUUGUCGACCCCUUCGGGCGUUGGCGGCAGAGGAACUCGGGAAGAAGAAGCGGGCGGUGCGCAAGGCUUUGAGGGACUGGCCGAGGGGCUAACGGUCAGCGCUGAGGAGACGUCGCUAGAUUCAGGGUUGCGGCAAACCAGGGAUGGGACGGAGGUAAGAGCGCGAAAAGAUGAAGAUGCUGUAGAGCCGGGCGCAGUGAAGGACGUAAGUGCGAUCUUGGCGGGUCUGGCAAGCGAUCUCGAAGGGGGUCAGUCAGGCCCCGCUGGGGAACAGGAGGUUGCAGAACAUGGGGAAUCUGAUGGAGGGAAUGUGCAGCCGAGUUCAAAAUGGGGCCCGCCCGAGGACCCCACCCACGCGGCAGGCGUCGCACGGGAGGGGUUGGACGCUUCCGGAAGCGCCGGAGAAGCAGCACGGAGAGGGCGCCAGAUGGAGGGGCGUGAGAUGCUUGACGUCAUGGCCGGAGGGUUCGACGGCUUUCGAGUGCUGCCGCCAGCAGAACAGAAGGACGCGGACAGCGGAUCGGACCUGGCGGGCAGCGCUACGCUCGUGCGGUGGGGCUCGUCAGCGGACCCGUUCCCUGCAGCAGGCAUGAGCACGAAAGAUCUGGGCGACUCGUUCGCCGCACAGGACUUCCGGUUUGCGGACGGAAUCGACUUUCGGGGCCGGGGCUCAGGACCGGAAAGAAAACCGGAAACGGAAACGGAACCCGCCGGCGACCCUUCCUUUGAAGCGGGUUCUGAGGGGCAUGCUGCAAGCCCGUUCAAAUCCGCCGACGAGGCGCUAUCUAUCGGACAACCGGUCGAAGACUCUGAGCGCAGAUCUUGGACCAGCAAUGGCAUCCCCAAUGACCAAGAGACACGUGUCCUCCCAACCGAGACCUCCCGCCAAGCCCUCGCGUUCCUGUCGCCGAUCCCGAGCGCUUCCGGUGAUCCCAAUACCUUCGACCUGUCCCCGACCGCUCUUUCAACCCCAAUCUCCGCUCAACCCGACCUUUCCCCGGCCCUCGCGUCCUCCCGGGGCGUCUCUCCCGGCCCGAAACGCUCCCCCCCGGCAACUUCCCCGCGGCCCAAACCGUCCGGACGUCCGUCGGCGACGCCGGACGACGACGACGCGGACGCGCCGCUGUCCGUGGUCAUGGACGUAUGCGUGGUGCAGGAGAUCCUGGCGCAGUACCGCUGUGUGAGCGCGUGCUGCGUGCACGUAUUCCAGGAGGAGCUUGCGCUGCCCGCGCACUGCGCGGCGCUGCGGCGGUACCUGUUCAUGCUCGCGGGGGACUUUGCGGACGCGUUCAUGUCGGCGCUCUUGACCCAGCGGUGGGGCCCCUCAGGCGGCGCGUCCCGGCAGGCGGAGGUCCAGGCGCUGCUGGAGGGAUCCCUCCAGACGUCGAGCUGCAGUUCGGACCGGCUCGCGGAGCGCCUCCACGUGCGCGUGCAGCAGUCGCAGGAGGAGCUGCCGGACGUCUACGCGCCGUGGGUCAAGGCCUCACUAACUCCAGGUGGCUUCGUGGACCUGACCCGCGUCGACGCCUUCGACUUCAUCCAGCUGGAUUACCGGGUGGAGUGGCCGCUGACGCUCGUGCUGACGUCAGCGGCCAUGGCGCAGUACCAGGCCGUCUUCCGCUUCCUGCUGCGGGCCAAGCACGCCACCUUCUCGCUGCGGGAUGUGUGGCGGGACUUGCAGAUCCUAAGCCGGCGGCUUGCGAAACGGGGCCCCGGCGUGAGCGCCCACGUGUUCGCGGAGCAGCAGCGGCAGCUCCGCGAGGCGCAAUUAUUCCGGGCUGCAAUCAGCCACGUGGUCACGACGCUGGCGAGCUUCGUCCAGGCACAGAUCUCGGACGUGGCGUGGACGCGCUACCAGGAGCGCAUUCACACCGACGUCGUGGACCUGCACGACCUGAGCCAGGUGCAUGCUGAAUACGUAGCGGAGGCAGCACGCGCUUGCCUGCUUGGCGCAGACGGCGCGGGCGCCAAAACGUGCAUUGACGCUAUCUUCCAGCAGCUGCUCGCGCUGCGAGGCCACCUGCGGCGUGCGGUACGUUCGUUGGACCAGCCCGCGGCGGAGCUCGAGAUUGACGAGGUCAAUCAGCAGAUUAAGCAGACCAAGGAGGCCUUUCAGGAGAGCUUGCGGACCCUGUACGCUGUCCAUCUGCGGCCUCGGGUUCAAAACGUCCAAGCAAUUGAGGACCUGUGCAUGCGCUUGAACUUCAAUGGCUUCAUUGAGGAGAGCAUCACCAAGCUGUCAGGAGCAAAUCUAGAGGUUUUGCGGCAACGCUCUGCAGCAGGCGGUCGAAGCGAAUGACUACGUUCUUUAUCAAGAUAGUCGAUAGUAAGCUAUUCUUACACGCAUGCGGCGGUAAGGGAAGAUAGUGUGCCUGAACAGGCCGCUCGGAAAUGUUGGUGAGCGGUCGAUCUGGCAACCUCUUGCACUUCGUCGUAGCACGAAAGCUGCAGUCGGCCACUUUCUGCCGUAGCACGAAAGCUGCAGUCGGCCACUUUCUGCCGUCGUGCUAGCAAAAGCGCCCCGCCGGAACAUCACCACUCAUAGUCCGCUCCGUCGUGACCGAAUCGGAAGCUCAGUACCUAUACUAUGAUAUACGUGAAACUUGAUAUGAUGCAGUUUUUAACGUGGCGUCCUCGUUGAGCAGUAAACGAAGC